AUGGCGGCUAUUCAAUCCAUCUUCCAAGAGUAUGCAGAACGCCUAAACUGCCGGCUCCCCAACGAGGACACGACGAAGCUCUCGUCGACUGGACACUCGGCCUCUCAGCUUUUGAGCUUACCGGCCGGGUUCAAGCAUCUAGAAGUUUCAAGUAACGUGAAUAUCACAAUUAUUCACCAAAUUGGAGACGCUUCUACUGGAGAUUUAGCUGCGAUACUUCUCGUGCAGAUUUCGCCUAAGGCCGACUCUCCUGCUUCAUCGACCGCUACGGUAAUCGAAUUUCGGAGGCAUGUGUUCUGCCAAGUUCAGCAAGUUCAGGGCACCACCAUCUCCAACAUUAAGGUUAUAGAUGAUGUCGAUGCACUACGCAAUAGCGACUCUCGGGCGGUACGGCCCCCAACCUGGAGCGCUAAAGCUCCCCCUCCAGGCUUCUCGCUCGCUGAGACGUACCGCGCAUACUUCAACUGCGUCUCUACCAGGACCAUGGACGAAAAUUUGUCGAAAUUCACCCAUGAUCACAUAACUUUCAAUGGACAUUCCAUAACCCGCGAACAGUACAGAGAAGCUAUGGAAGAGUGCCAUGAUGUCAUGGCAGACUGCAAGAACACGCUCGAGAGUCUCAUUGUUGAUGAGGAGAAACAGCAGCUUGCAGCAAGAGUGGUGUUUGAAUGGACACCAGUCAAAACUUGGAAUGGGAUAGAACCAACGGGCAAAAGAGUCAAGUUCACAGAGCAUGUAUUCGUGUGGUUCGAUGAGUGUAGAAUGCACACAAGCGUCACGUUGUUGGAUAUGGAAGCGUUCAGAGAGCAAAUGGGAGUCUAG